AUCCAGCAUCUGAUCCUAUCUUGCUGAUUGCAUAAUGGGCUAUAAAUAGGGAAGAGGGGUUCUUAUACAAAAGCAUUAUUUGCCUAGUUGUAUACUCGUUCCAUAUAGCUGUUGUCUCCUUCCAGAAUUCAAUCUAUUUUAGGAUUUGAUCAGCAACUCCCAUGUUGAUCUUAACCGAUUUGCUUAAUCUCAAUUUGUCGGACUCAGAAAAGAUAAUUGCAGAAUAUAUAUGGAUUGGAGGAUCAGGCAUUGACUUAAGGAGCAAAGCGCGUACGAUCUCAGGCCCCGUUAGUAGCCCUCGGGAGCUUCCAAAAUGGAAUUACGAUGGUUCCAGUACUGGACAAGCUGCAGGCCAUGACAGCGAAGUUAUACUUCGCCCUCAGGCAAUUUUUCCUGAUCCAUUCCGCAGAGGAAAGAACAUACUUGUGAUAUGUGAUACAUAUGCUCCAAAUGGUACUCCAAUAUCCUCCAACAAGAGGGCUGCGGCAGAGAAGAUAUUUAGUAAUCAAUUAGUCAUUGAAGAGGAGCCUUGGUAUGGACUUGAACAAGAGUAUACCUUGCUCCAGAAAGAUGUUAAAUGGCCUCUUGGAUGGCCGGUUGGAGGCUUUCCCGGCCCGCAGGGGCCUUAUUACUGUGGAGUUGGAGCAGACAAAGCAUGGGGAAGAGAUGUUGUGGAUGCUCAUUACAAAGCAUGCCUCUAUGCUGGAAUUAAUAUCAGUGGAAUCAAUGGAGAGGUCAUGCCUGGGCAGUGGGAAUUUCAAGUGGGCCCUUCCGUUGGCAUCUCUGCUGGAGAUGAACUUUGGUGCGCCCGUUACAUCCUUGAGCGAAUCACAGAGAUUGCAGGUGUGGUUCUUUCCUUGGAUCCAAAACCAAUACAGGGGGAUUGGAAUGGAGCUGGAUGCCACACUAACUACAGCACAAAGUCCAUGAGAAAAGAAGGUGGGUAUGAAAUAAUUAAGAAAGCCAUUGAGAAGCUUGGGUUGCGCCACGCCGAGCACAUUUCUGCAUAUGGUGAGGGUAAUGAAAGGCGCCUUACAGGGCAUCAUGAAACUGCCGACAUUAACACUUUCUGCUGGGGUGUGGCAAACAGAGGCGCUUCCAUUCGUGUGGGCCGAGACACGGAGAAGGAAGGAUGUGGAUAUUUUGAGGAUCGUCGCCCUGCCUCUAACAUGGAUCCCUAUAUCGUCACAUCUAUGAUUGCUGAAACCACCAUGCUUUGGACACCAUGAUGGGUUUGAGGUCAUCUGCACGGUGUGGUCCACUGCUCGGAUUUCUCAUACAUAUGCCAGGUUAGCGUUUGGGUCUCAUGCAAAGCUGCUUCUGAGGCUAUCCAUAAACCAGGAUUUGACGACUUGGACAUAGGUUGGAAAGAAGGUUCAUGACGUUGUAAAUCAUGUAGGUGGUCUCAUGACGGUUCAUUUGUGGGUCCCAUAGUUAUGUACUUUCGAUGUGUUUUUUUUUUUAAUUUUAAAAUUUGGGUUUCUACCCUAGAAAUUUAACGGUUGGAUCAACUGCAAGUUUGAUGUGAAGACUGAUGGGGCAAUUCGCAUCACACCUUCCAAUUUAGGGCAUGCCUACGAACCAAGGGCAUUCAUCAGGCGGUGGGCGAUGAACAUAGCCUGGCCCAAAAAUUGGGCAAGUCCACCAGUCAGGUUGGACACAAGUACAACCUCUAACCAUCUGCUUUCCUCCUACAAGUGGCCCACUCGACAAGCGGUUUUAACUUUAACCUGAUUUCUGGGUGUGGAUAUGUUCAGUGGCCCAGCUGAUGAAUGGGGCAGUUAGUCAAUUGUCAUGAUGUUCCAGUCCAGUCCAUUUUCAAAAUGGCAGCGAUUCUCGACACAUGGCACAUGUAUGACAAUGUCAGCUGUCCAAAUCACGGGUACACUGGAUUGAGCAUAGCUCCAUAAUCAUGCUCAUAGAGCAAUCUUCGCUAUCAAAUGGAUGGUAAAAAGGAGAGUGAUAGUUCCAAAUUCAGAUGGCUACUAUCAUCUUCUCAGUGUGAUUUUCGGGCUAUGAUCUGGCUGACAAAUAGGUUCAUCGUUUGAAUGGUCUGGAUUGUCAUCUGACCACACCAAGUGUACAGUAGAUGAGAAAAAGGGUGACCUAUCAUAGGUAUAAAUACCACAUGAGAAACUCCACAAACUUUGUGGCAUUCUCUACCUCAAUUCCCACCACCACAAUCCCUCCCUACAGCCUCCAACAAAAAUCAAUCAAUCACUGCGGUGGAGGUUUGCUAAGCCCAGAGGCAUGUCAAGCUCUGGCCAUCUACACCCAAGCACAUGACAAUAUGGUGCUCCCAUGCGAGAUCAAACCUUCCCAUCAGGCGGGCUACUCUGCUUAGAUUUCUUCUGGAAUAAAAGAACAUACCAUUUCACUCCCCAAUCCUAGCCGUGUCCCAGCCAUUUGGGUUGGAUGAUUCCUAAGACAAGGAACAGAGGCAGAGAUUGUUUGGGACGACCGUUUGUCUUGUUCAUGAUAUCCCACCUGAGGAUUGAGACAACCAGAUUUUUUU